UCUCAUCUCACAGUGAUUAUCAUUAUAUUAUUAAAAAAAAAAAAUCCCCAAAUUUCCCUCGCUACCAAUUCGAAGCCCUAAUUAUUUAUUGAUCGCCAAUUUCAAUCAAUCACCAUGAUUCCUUUAUCUCAGAGAUUGUCAACUGACAUUCGGUUAUUGUUCGAUAGCUUGAACGAUUCCAACUCCGACUCCGUUCUUCGUGAACUCUCUCAGUAUGCUGAUUAUGGAAUGGAAGGAAGUGUUCUGCUUUUAGAGACCUGCUUGGAUCACUUUAAUGUUUAUGAAAGGGACUUGAAAAGUAAUCGCUUGGAACCUGUAGUUGCUUCUCUUUUUAGGAAGUUGUUUGAAAAGCCGCAGUUUAGUACUGUAUUUACUGUGUCAGUUAGGCCAACUUCAAUCACUGAAGAGUUUUUGGAUAAUCUGUCGGUUGCGCUUCAAUUAUCAGCGUAUGAGAAACUUGGAUUUGGUCUUGCUUUGACAGAUUCAGACAAUAAUGACAUCAGAAUGGCUGGUAAAAACUUUUGUAUGAGACAGAUUGAGGAAUUGUGUGCCACCAAUGCCUCUUUGCAUAAUUCUGACUAUGUUCAGGAUGUAUUGCUGUUUCUCAAUAAAUCUGACGUUCUUUCUAAACAUGUGGAUCUGUUUAUGCAAUUAAUAUCUCUGGUUCAGUUUAAUAAAGAUUCGAGGUUUAUCUUAGCUCCUCUUGUUUCAGAUGAACUGCAAGACUCUGAUUUAUUGAGGAAUAUGGAUUAUCUCAAUGAAGGCAAUGACAAUGAAUUUGAUGCUAUCCUAGCAGAAAUGGAGAGGGAGAUGAACAUGGCUGAUAUGCUGAAAGAAAUGGGCUAUAACUGUACAUCAGAUGUAUCACUUUGCAAGGAUAUGUUAUCCUCGUUCUCACCUCUAACUGAAGUCACCAUUGCCAGGAUACUUGGCACAAUUGUUCGAUCUGAUACCAGUCUCCAGGACCAUGAAAAUGCAUUUUCAACAUUUUGUUCUGCUCUUGGUAGAGGGGGUUUAACUGAUAUUCCCUUGUUGAACUCUUGGAACACGGAUGUCCUUAUAGAAUCAUUUAGGCAGCUUGCUCCUGGAAUUAGCUGGACUGCUGUGAUUGAGAGUCUUGAUCACGAUGGUUUCUACAUCCCGGACGAGGCAGCAUUUUCACUACUGAUUUCAUGCUACAAACAUGCAACCCAGGAUCCCUUUCCUUUGGCUGCUGUUUGUGGCAAUGUUUGGAGAAACACCGAGGGACAACUUUCUUUUCUGAAGUAUGCCGUUGCUGUGCCGCCUGAAGUGUUCACGUUUGCUCAUUGCAAAAGACAAUUGGCAAAUGUUGAUGCAGUCUAUAGUCACAAGUUUCAAUCUGGUCAUGCAAAUCAUGCGUGGUUAUGUCUUGACCUUUUGGAGGUCUUGUGCCAGCUUGCUGAGAGAGGCCUUGCAAAGUCUGUUCGAUCGCUGCUUGAAUAUCCCCUUAACAAUUGUCCUGAAGUGUUGUUGUACGGGAUGGCCCAUGUUAAUACACCGUAUAAUCUUCUUCAGCAUGAAGUUGCUUUGGCUGCUCAUCAUGUUGUACUCAAAGACCCUUCUGUGGGUGGCAUCCUUUGGCAUGUUAACCCUCCCUUUUUGUUGAGAGCCUUAAUUGAUGCACUCACCUUGGAUGCAGAUAACAUGAGCAGAGUCUUUGAUUUAUGCCAGGAGUUAAAGAUUAUAUCUCCUGUAUUGGAUAUGAUACCCAUGUCAUUGGGUAUUAGGCUGGCUGCUUUGGCUUCUCGAAAAGAACUCAUAGAUCUUGAGAAGUGGCUGAGCUCAAAUUUAAGUACUUACAGAGAGAACUUUUUUGAGGAGUGCCUGCGAUUUCUGAGGCUUGCUCAGGAAUCUUCCAAUCGUUUGCAUAACUCUGGUAACAUCUGGAGCCUUUAUAUGGAGGCAGCUCCUGUGUUUUAUAAGGUCCUUCAUUCACAAUCAGGCUUGCUCACCUCUAACCAACUAUCCAAGGAUUUGGCAAGUUUACAUUUGAAGACCACGAACAACAAUUUAAUGAUGAAGAACAAUGGUGGUCUUGAUUCGUCUACAUCCGAAGUAUAUGCGGAUGAUAUAGAGACGGAGGCCAACUCUUAUUUCCAGCAAAUGUUUUCAGAGCAGUUGACGGUUGAUGCAAUGAUUCAAAUGCUGGUCCGAUUCAAGGAAUCUCAUGAAAAAAGGGAACAAUCGAUAUUUGAGUGCAUGAUUGCGAAUCUAUUUGAAGAGUACAAGUUUUUCAACAGAUACCCUGAGAGACAACUCAAACUCGCUGCGGUUCUCUUUGGAUUGCUUAUCAAGAAUCAACUUGUGACCCAUCUGACACUUGGUAUUGCACUACGAGCUGUUUUGGAUGCAUUACGUAAACCUGCAGAUUCUAAAAUGUUUGCUUUUGGUACAACGGCUCUGGAGAAGUUUGUGGAACGCCUGAAUGAAUGGCCACAAUACUGUCAACAUAUCUUACAAAUAUCACAUCUACGUGGUGCUCAUCCUGAUCUUGUUGCAUUCAUUGAAAGGGCACUCAGCAGAGGUUCGUCAGGCCACCCAGAAUCAGAUGCAACCCAGAAUCCCGCGGCUGAUCAACACCAUCAUUCUAUCUCACAAGCGAAUUCUGAGGUGCCGGGUUCAUUUUUCCCUUCGAUUGGACCUGGUGGUCCACCGAUUAGUUCUCAGAUAUCUUCUCCAAUUCAGCUUCAACAGAGAAGCCAGAGUUAUCUAGAUGAAAGACACAGAGCCUCUGCAACUUCGUCCAGUUAUAUAAAACCAAACUUGGCUAACACUGGUCCAGCCUCAGUUGCUCCAGCAAAUGAUGCUGCUAGCAUCCCGAAGCCACAGAGUGUAGUUAGCUCCUCCUCGGCACUGGCUUCGUCUCCUGCUUUUGUUCGUCCAUCUCGAGCAGUUCCUUCGGCAAGGUUUGGCUCUGCUUUAAGUAUCGAAACACUUGUUGCUGCCGCUGAACGCAGAGAAACACCCAUAGAGGCCCCCCCAUCAGAAACCCAGGAUAAGAUUUCAUUCAUUAUCAACAAUUUAUCAGCUGCCAACAUUGAAGCUAAAGCAAAGGAAUUCACGGAAGUUUUGAAAGAACAGUACUAUCCCUGGUUUGCGCAGUACAUGGUUAUGAAAAGAGCGAGUAUUGAACCAAAUUUUCACGACUUGUACCUGAAGUUUCUUGAGAAAGCCAACUCAAAAAUUUUAACAAGAGAGAUUGAAAAAGCCACCUAUGAGAAUUGCAAGGUUCUCCUAGGAUCUGAACUUAUAAAGUCCAGCUCAGAAGAACGUUCGUUGCUGAAGAAUCUUGGAGGUUGGCUGGGAAAGAUCACAAUUGGUAGGAACUAUGUUCUUCGCGCUAACCAGAUUGAUCCAAAGGCUCUAGUAAUUGAGGCAUAUGAAAAGGGUUUGAUGAUUGCAGUGAUUCCAUUUACUUCCAAGAUUUUAGAGGCAUGCGACAACAGUCUUGCAUAUCAACCUCCUAAUCCCUGGACCAUGGGAAUUCUUGGAUUACUUGCUGAAAUCUAUGCAAUGCCGAAUCUCAAAAUGAAUCUCAAGUUUGAAAUUGAGGUCUUGUUUAAGAAUCUUAGUGUGGAUUUGAAGGAAGUAACCCCAUCGGCCCUUCUCACGGACAGAGUGAGAGAAGUUGAAGGAAACCCUGAUUUUUCUAACAAAGAUGUCGGGCCAGUUCAGCAACCAGUGGUUGGGGAAGUCAAGUCUAACAUGAUACCUAAUCUAAAUCAGGUUGAGUUACCUGUUGAAGUCACUAAUUCUUCUCAUCCAGGUGGUCAUUCGCGUAUAUUGCCUCAGUAUGCUGCUCCUCAUCAUCUUCCUGCUGCUACUUUAAGUGAGGAUGAGAAGAUGGCUGCCUUCGGCAUACCUGAUAACCUUUUAUCUGCUCAAGGACUUCUACAAGCACAAAUGCCGCUUUCAGUUGGUCAGAUACCAUCAAGUAUGGACCAACAAGUUAUUAUUAAUCCGAAGCUUCAAGCCCUGGCCCUGCAUAUGCCCUUCCAGAGUGUACUUGGAAUUUCCAUGGAGGUAGCUAUCAAGGAAAUAGUUUCUAGCAUUGUGCAGCGUAGCGUAUCUAUAGCAACUCAGACAACAAAGGAACUUGUCUUAAAGGACUAUGCUAUGGAGUCAGACGAAAGUCGUAUACACAGUGCGGCUCACUUGAUGGUUGCAAGUUUGGCUGGUAGUCUAGCUCAUGUGACGUGCAAGGAGCCUCUUCGUGGUUCAAUAUCAAGUCAGCUAAGAAAUAAUCUUCAAGGUUUGAAUCUGAAUAUUGCCAGCGAUUUGCUUGAACAUGCAGUUCAGCUUGUAACCAACGACAACCUUGAUUUGGGUUGUGCUUUUAUUGAACAGGCUGCAACUGAAAAGGCUGUUCAAACAAUAGAUAGCGAACUUGCACCUCAGCUUUCAAUAAGAAGGAAGCACAGAGAAGGGGUUGGCCCUGCCUUUUUUGAUGCGAGCCUCUAUACACAAGGUCAUGUUGCUGUUUUACCAGAAGCCCUUCGCCCUAAACCUGGCCGCUUAUCCCAUUCUCAACAGCGGGUUUACGAGGAUUUUGUUCGCUUACCCUGGCAAAAUCAAUCCAACCAAAACUCGAAUGCUGUACCUCUUGGUCCCUCUCCUCCACCAGGAAGUGGGGCUCUACACCGUGGAUAUAGUCCAGCUUCUGGGCUACAAAGCCCUGGUAUUUUUUCACCCAGCCUGGGAAACCCUGGUAUCAAUGCUGUAACACAUUCCUUGGAUGCUGAAGAUAUGGAGCCCAGUUCAGCAAAACUACCUGGUGGCUCACACAACUUUGAGAACGAAGCUGUUCUUUCUUCAUUUUCUUCAGUGUCGGCUCCUGAAUUGCAUAUACCAGAAGUCUCCAGUGUUUCCAAAGAAGCGGGUGUGUAUGGGCAGCCUUUGCCCUCACCUUCAGCUUCUGAUCGUGCUAUGAGUGCCACUGCCGAACCUUCAUUAACCACCAAAGAUGCAGUGGAUAAAUUCCAGUCCAUCUUAGAGAAGCUGGAAUUUAUGAUAGCCAAUGAUGCCAAGGAAGCUGAAUUUCAGUCUGUUAUUGGUGAGGUUCCUGGGGUCAUUCUUAGAUGCAUUAGCCGAGAUGAGGCUGCAUCAGCUGUGGCUCAGAAGGUCUUCAAAGGUCUGUAUGAGAAUGCAGCAAACACCGCUCAUGUCAGUGCUUAUAUUGCAAUGCUAGCUGCAAUUCGUGAUGUUAGCAAGCUUGUGGGUAAAGAGUUGACUACAUGGGUAAUAUAUUCUGAUGAAGAUAGGAAGUUCAACAGAGAUAUCACCGUUGGCUUAAUCCGCAGGGAGCUGCUGAAUCUUGCCGAGUAUAAUGUUCAUAUGGCAAAGCUUCUUGAUGCGGGAAAGAACAAAGUGGCAACAGAAUUUGCAAUUUCCCUCAUCCAAACAUUGGUGGCUAGUGAUUCAAGAGUAAUUUCUGAACUCCAUAAUCUUGUGGAUGCAUUGGCAAAGCUUGCGACAAGGCCUGAUGCUCCCGAGGCCCUUCAACAGCUUGUUGAAGUUGUUAGGAAUCCGGCAGCAUCCUCUGGCAUUCCUUCUGGGAAGGAUGAUCUUAUCAGACAAUCAAAAGAUAAGAAGGUGGCUAACCUUUCUGUAGCAAGCAGGGAUGACACCAAUGUUUCAGAAACUUCUGAAUCAGACCUGGCUGGUUUCAAUGAGGAUGUUUCUCAUCUAUUUGCUGAAUGGUACCGGAUAUAUGAACUUCCUGGUGUGAACGAUCAGGCGUCUGCUCGUUUUGUUUUACAAUUGCAGCAAACUGGGUUGUUGAAAGCUGAUGAUACAUCAGAUCGCUUUUUCCGGCGUCUGCUGGAUGUGGCUGUUUCACACUGUAUAACUUCUGAAGGUGCCGUCCAAUCUCAUCAACAAACUCAAACAUUAUCCUUCCUGGCCAUUGAUAUGUAUGCGUCACUUGUGUAUUCAAUCCUGAAGUUCUCCCCUGUUGAUCAUGGAUUAAGCAAGUUGUCACUUCUGUCGAAGGUGUUAGCGGUGACUGUGCGAUUCAUUCAAAAGGAUGCAGAGGAUAAGAAGACAUCUUUUAAUCCCAGGCCAUAUUUUAGGCUGUUCAUUGAUUGGCUUCUUGACCUUAAUACUCUUGAUCCAGUUUUCGAAGGUGCAAACUUUCAGGUUUUGACAGCUCUAGCAACUUCUUUUCAUGCCCUGCAGCCUUUGAAGGUUCCCGCUUUCAGCUUUGUUUGGCUAGAGCUAGUAAGUCACAGAAGUUUCAUGCCGAAACUUUUAAGUGUAAAUGCUCAGAAGGGAUGGCCGUACUUCCAACGCUUGUUAGUUGACUUGUUCCAGUUCAUGGAGCCUUUCUUGAGGAAUGCCGAACUUGGCGAGCCGGUUCGAUUUCUAUACAAAGGCACACUCAGAGUGCUUUUGGUGUUGCUUCAUGAUUUCCCCGAGUUCCUUUGUGAUUAUCAUUUCAGUUUCUGUGAUAUCAUUCCUCCAAGUUGUAUCCAGAUGCGAAAUAUCGUCCUCAGUGCAUUUCCACGUAACAUGAGGCUGCCUGAUCCUUCCACUCCCAACUUGAAGAUUGAUCUGCUUGUGGAGAUUAGUCAAUCACCACGCAUUCUCUCGGAGGUUGAUGCAGCACUGAAAGCCAAGCAAAUGAAAAGUGAUGUGGAUGAGUAUUUGAAGGCUAGGCCACAAGGCACUUCAUUUCUUUCUGAAUUGAAGCAGAAGCUGCUUCUUUCACCAACUGAGGCUGCAAGAGCGGGGACACGAUACAAUGUGCCAUUAAUGAACUCCCUCGUACUUUACGUUGGAAUGCAGGCCAUCCAACAGCUGCAGGCAAGAACUCCUCAUGGACAACCAAUGGCUAGUAAUGCUUCACUGCAUAUCUUUCAUGUGGGUGCUGCCUUGGACAUCUUUCAAACUCUAAUAUUAGAGUUAGAGACAGAAGGACGUUACCUAUUUUUAAAUGCGGUUGCAAAUCAGUUGCGUUAUCCCAACAACCAUACACAUUACUUCUCAUUCAUUCUCCUCUUCUUGUUUUCCGAGUCAAACCAGGAGGCUAUUCAGGAACAGAUCACGAGAGUUCUGUUGGAGCGGUUGAUUGUUAAUCGGCCUCACCCUUGGGGCCUUUUAAUCACUUUCAUUGAGCUAAUUAAGAACCCCAGGUACACCUUCUGGAGCCGAUCUUUCACAAGGUGUGCUCCCGAGAUUGAGAAGUUGUUUGAAUCAGUUUCAAGAUCGUGUGGUGGGGCUAAACCAGUGGAUGACAAUGUGGUUGCUGGAGGGAUUUCUGAUACUAUGCAUUAGGAGGAUUCUUUUUCUGCUGUUGAAUAGAAUGUUAUGGUAGAUUUUUUUAGGUCUGUUACUAGUUUCUAGAUAUAUUGGAUAUAAAUGUGAUUUGCAAAUUGCUAUCUUAGAGUGAUUUAAUGAAAUCGACAUUCAUUUGUUCAUGGUUCCAA